CAUUCAGGCUUUAAGCGAGCAGCCAAAUUUGUAAGCUCUUCUCCGGAAUCGACUUAAACCGUAGAUAUACCGCAGAAUUGUGCGGAUAUUCUGCUCUUUUCAAAUAUUCAACUGGCAGCAGGAGCCACACACACACCAAAGAAUGGUCUACGACAUGACGCAUAUGGCAGAGGGACCGCCGCAGAGCAUCUCCCUGAGUCGCUACUAUCUGCAGGAGGAUGACGAGAUGUUGGCCCCCGCCAACAAUGCCGGCCUGUUGAACGAGGACUAUGCGGCCAGCACCACGCUGGACAUUGAGAAGCGCUUCCAGGCGCGCAUGGCCUGUGAGACGGCCGCCCAGCCGGCACCGCCGCCGCCACCGACACCAGCGCCACGUCGUCGGACCACACCUAUUGCCCACCUCGACCCCACAGAGCUGGUGGGAUUGUCACGCGAGGAGCGACGUCGCCGGCGACGGGCCACACUCAAGUACCGCACGGCACAUGCCACACGGGAACGUAUCCGCGUGGAGGCCUUCAAUGUGUCCUUUGCUGAGCUGAGGAAGCUGCUGCCCACCCUGCCGCCAGACAAGAAGCUCUCCAAGAUCGAGAUCCUCAAGCUGGCCAUCUGCUACAUUGCGUACUUGAAUCACGUCCUGGAGACCCCCUGAGAUAGUGGUAGCGCCUCUAGCUUCAACACCAGCUGCAGCUUCAGUGAGGCCAUGUUCUUUGCUCCACCAUAGGACGCAAAUCGAAUCGAAUCGAGUCCCCCCAUAUCCCCCCAUAUCACCCCAUCUCCUGUAUUCAUAAUCCACAAGAGUAUCUUUAUUCUAGAAAUAAUCGCAAAAAAAAACAUCAUUUUUUUGACUAGCUUCUAAGUCGUGAUAUUUCUUUAUCCCAGUCAAGCAUUAAAGUUAUAAAUAUAGUAUAGUAUACCGAAAAAGGAGAUACAUGUGUAUGCACACCGCUCUUUCAUUCC